CCUCGUAACAUCGUCAAGGAACUAUUAGGUGUUUUUUCCAACCGACCGUACGUGACGACCGACGUUUGCGAGAUAGGUUAUCCUGAACAAGCACAAGUGCUCUCCCCAGAUAUAUUCCACAUUCUGUGCGAUUCUGGACCCCCUAAAUUCUCCAUGUCUCACUCUCCAAUCUGUCCUUGACUAUCAAAUCAGGUUCAACUGGUUCGUCAUUUGUGGGUGUGGGUGUGCUAAUGGCAGUGGAAAAUCCACCCAUCAUCAAGAUCCUCACGCGUAUAUAUUUAUGACCCGUCAUUCUUGUCGACGGCUUGCCCGUGUCGGAUUAUCGCAUGGCUGCUGAUCUUUGACGGGGGGCGAUAGCUACGCUUACGCGGGAUCAUACGGUCUUUCCUAUAAGAACAUCGGUCCUGGGCUAUGUCGAGCACAUAUCUGACGCCGCCAAGAUUGCAAAGGCGGCGGAGCUACACCAUGUCUGGACAAGCUGGAGAAGGGAGGAAAGACACAGUCUUGACGUUGGUACAAGAGAGCACAUUGCGGUUCAUUGUCCCUGCCCGAAGACGAUUACCCGCUGAAAAAUUGAGCUUGAGAGACUCGAUUAAAAAUAGCGAGCUCUCUGGUGGUGAGAAGCAGCGGGUGGGGUGGUCGCGUAAAUCGAACGCACUAAAGUUCGUUCGUUGCAGUGGACGAGCCGAGCCGAGUUCUGCGAUGGAUCCUGAGGCUGAAGCGGACAUUGUUUCGAAAAUCUCAAAAACCAUCGCGCAGGGGGCAGGACUAUGUAUGGCCUUCGGUGUACGAAGGACGGGGUCCGUUGCCGAAGCGGGUACUCAUGGAGAGCUGAUGGCAUGGCGAACGACGGCGAGCAUGCGAAACUGUGUAAUGUUCAGGAUAGUAGUGCCUUUGUCGAUGAUGCUUCUCCUGAGUCCCUCCUAA